UUCCCCUGCAUUGUUUCCCUCUUUAAAGUUCUUCCCCUUCAGAUUUGGCGAUAUCUCGUUUCCCAGUUGUGCAAUCUCAGCCAUGGCUGGUGGAGGAAAUUUCAUUCAUAGGGUCAUUUCUUAUGUCGCCAAUGAAUUAAUCGUUAACGGGCUCUCCAACAGCGCUAGUUUUCAAAGAUUUGCUGUGAGGACAUCUAAGAGAAUGGAGGAUCUAUCUAAAAUGGCUCAGCAAAAGAGGCAAGAAAUUGCUGAUCAGGUGAAGGAUGUGUCUAAAAAUUUUGAGUCUUUCAAGGACCGGUGAUUUGGAAACUUGGUGUUCUCCACAAACAAUGGAAUGAAUGUAGUAAACAUUUAGCUCAGUUUGUAAAGUAGUUUGGAGACAAAUGCGUAAAGUUACACUAUCAUUUGAGGAUUUGGUAUUGUAUGACUCUAUUGUGUUGCAUUGUUUGAGUAUCAAUGCUUCAUCCUUUUUCUUUUUCCCUUUGUGAUUUCUGUACUGAAUCUCUCUUGUAAAGAUGCCCUAGUUGGCAUGACAAAUUUUGAAAAUAAGCUUGGUUACAAAAAUUUCGAAA